AACCAUUUUGUUUUAUUUACUAUAGCGAAGACAUUAAUGAGAAAAAAAGUGAGGUCAAGUGACAUGUUUUCAAGAGGAGACACGCUCAAUAUCUGAUGUGUAUUUUGCUUCAUGGGAGCUCACGACCAGUUCCAUCUGACUUCUGUUUGUUCUCGUUAACAUUCGAAAAGUGUGGCAAAGCAUACCCAGGGAAACCUUUAGCUUGUGCUGAAUCAGAGCCCCACGCUUCAAUUUUUCCCUGAAAAAGUCCGACGAGGAAAAAUACUUUUGUGCAAUCGGGAACAUUUCUCAGAUUCACUUGUUUUAGCCUUUGGUGAAAUUGUCAUACCAUUUCUAUAAUGGAAACCUUCUUGACUGGAGCUGGUAACAACGACGACUUGUUUUCAAACCAGAAUGGGUGCUCUUACUCUAAGCUUCCGCGUUUUGUUCAUGGCAAAAAAGUGAAUAACAAUGAGAGCUUCACCUCGGUUGAGGAAGACAGUUCAGACAUUCUGGUGUCGGAAGGGGACGGCAGUGGUUCCGAAAUGGACAUAACCGAGGAUUAUCCGAGCGAAACACGAGCGAUUACGAGAAAAGAUUCGACAUUCUGUGUUCCAUUGAUUCGUGUCGAAGACUGGAGCUUUUCAGAAAGUGAUAUGGAAGAUGACUUGGAAGACUCCUUGCCACCAUUUAGCUUUGUCGGAACUAAGGAAAAGAGUUCUACAGAAUUUGGAAAGUGUCGAAGCAGAUCUCGCUCCAUCUAAGGAGAAGCAGUAACCAUCAACAACAGCGAGUGUUGGACUUAAAACGAACUCAAUAUACUACUUAUGAAAACGAAAUUGUUUGUUUGUAUCAUACAGUUCAGUAGUAAUAAAAAACACUUCUUUAUUGGGAAUAGGGCCAUGCCCUUAUAUUCCCUAAAAGCCUAGAACCUA